AUGGAAUUAUUGGGGUGGACGAGACUCGAAGUGAGGAUGAGGAAACCAAAUACCUCCAAGGUUGUUGGUAGGACAGCUGUGAAGAAGCAAUUACUAGCUCUUGGUAGAAUGCUGGCUCGUGGUGGUGGUGAAGUGGAUUCAUCACGCAAGCCACUCAACAGUUUAGCUGCGGGUGGUGGAGCCAGUAUGCAGAUUGUUUGUGUUGAUGAUUGUUCUUCAGGAUUGGUGUAUGAUCUAGACUAUAUGAAGUACAUAACAACCUUCAAGGAAAGCCAUCAGCAUUUGCUUGAGAGGGAGGCUUCUCCGUUGCGGAUUAUGUAUAAUGUUGAUAAGGAAGCAACUGGUAGGAGUAAGGGUAAGGAAGUGAGUAGAGGAAGGAGAAGAUCAGAGCCUCUUCUUUUGAAGAAGUUGAAGACUGGGACUCGUAAAGAAGAGCGUAAGUUAACUGUUUUCAGGAAAGAAGUUGUUCUAAGGGGAAGGAAGAUUGCUAUGACUAAGGCCAUUAUCAAAGUGGAGCCUAGAAGAAGUGUUGGCAAAGACAUCCAACAAGAGAAAGAAGCUUCUCUACGAGGAAGGAAGAAGAUUGAUCUGACCAAGAGCACUACCAAAUUAGAACCUAAAAGUCAUGUCAGAGACACCCGACAAGAGCAAGAAGUUUCUCUACGGGCAAAGAAGAUUGCUCUGCCCAAGAACACGAUCAAGUUAGAGCCUACAAGUGAUGUCAAAGACACACAUCAAGAGAAAGAAGUUACUAGACGAGGAAGGAAGCCAAAGAGCUGGAACAAGUUGGAUUAUGAGGAGAGCAGUGGAAGGAGAGAUGCAAAGCCUCAGACGGUUUUGAGAGCUUCAAAGAGACUAAAGGCUGAGAAGAUUAUCCCAGCGGUUAACACUAAAGAUGCUUCACAAGGAGAGAAGAGCUCAGUGACCAAGAGAAAUCUCAAAGUAUGCAAGAAGGAGAAUGAGGAAAGCAGUAGUGAAUGGAGAAAGGCAAAGCCUCAGGAGAUUUUAAGAGCUUCAAAGAGGCUGAAGACUGAACAGGGAAGAGCAGAUACCAAAAGAAAGAAAGAAGAGGCUCCACAUGAAGGGAAGAUCCAUGUGAACAAGGACAAGGCUAAAGCAAAGUCUACAAGUCAUCUGAAAGACAACUUAAUGGAUAAAAGCUAUGAAUACUUCAUAGCGUCUCUGAGAAAAUCUGUUACUCUCAUUGAAGCUGAUCCAGUAGCGAAGCCUGAGAGAGCCUUAGUGUUAUCUGAUCCUGAUAUUAUUGCAGUCAGUAACUGUCCAUUUUUUGAUGGAGGCUAUUCCCCAUUUGAGGCAAACAAAGACGGCAAAGUGAUAGAUCUUGAGGAUCGUAUUGAACCUGAAGAUAUGUUCAACUCUAAGUUUAGCAAGAAGCUACUGGAAAUUCUCAGACAGCCGUAUGAUAAAGAUGAGUUCAAGCAACGCUAUCUCGAGGCAUCACACAAGAAACAGCUGACUCGGUCUAGGCAACUACGAGAUGGAAGAGAGAUUGAGUAUAAUGUUGAUCACCAGUUAGGACCUUCAUAUCUCGACCGGUAUCCAGAUUUCAAGCGUGUGUUUCGUCGUUCUCGUUGUGUAAAGGAUGAUGCUAGAGCUUUAAACCUAUUGCGCGGCUUUUUCUUUUAUUUCGAGAACAUUGUUCUUGAAGGUGCAUUCAAACCAUGGCUGCAUGAAACACGUGUGAUGAGAGAAUGCAAAGAUAUUGUAUGCAUCAAAGCCGAACCACACAACCAUUAA